UGUAUAUUGGUGACAGCGUAACAUUUUGACUAUUGACCGGCAAGCCAUAUAUAUUCAAAUGUUUGACUUAUUAGCCAAGUAAGCAUGUGUUAAACGUAGUCCGGUCAUAUAGCUUAAACUGUGGACAAAGAUUUAUAAGGAGUCAUGUGACAAAACUAUUCAUUUCUACAAUAAUAGUAAAAUAAUAUACAAAACAAAAACGUUAAAUAUAAAACAAUUUGACUAUAGACUGUCUAUUUUAAUUCACUUUCCUUGGCUAUUUUAAGGUAGAAUCACUUCUAGCCCUAGAAUAAUGCUGUAAACACAUUUUUCCGUGAGAAGUGAUCACUAGAUAUAUAACACAAUUCAGUGAGUGUCCUUUAAUAUAUUGAAAGUCUUUUUGAAAUGAAUUAUUAAAUGUGAGGUAAAACAUUUUGCUCGGUGUAUCUACAUACAUAUUUAUAACAAUAUUCAUGAAAACAUUUCUUAAAGAAAUAUGACAUGCUAAUUCCCUAAACCCGGUAGAAAAAAGUAAUGAUAAAAUAUUCCGCAUGUCUCAUUUCCAGUCUCUAUAUCAAAUCUGGUGCAUGUCUUAUAUCAAAUCUGGUGCAUGUCUCAUAUCAAAUCUGGUGCAUGUCUCAUUUCCAGUCUCUAUACCAAAUCUGGUACAUGCCUCAUUUCCAGUCUCUAUACCAAAUCUGGUACAUGCCUCAUUUCCAGUCUCUAUAUCAAAUCUGGUACAUGCCUCAUUUCCAGUCUCUAAGAUUUGGUACAUGCCUCAUUUCCAGUCUCUAUACCAAAUCUGGUACAUGCCUCAUUUCCAGUCUCUAUACCAUAUCUGGUACAUGCCUCAUUUCCAGUCUCUAUAUACCUCAUUUCCAGUCUCUAUACCAAAUCUGGUACAUACCUCAUUUCCAGUCUCUAUACCAAAUCUGGUGCAUGUCUCUAUACCAAAUCUGGUACAUGCCUCAUUCCCAGUCUCUAUACCAAAUCUGGUACAUACCUCAUUUCCAGUCUCUAUACCAAAUCUGGUACAUGUCUCAUUUCCAGUCUCUAUACCAAAUCUGGUACAUGUCUCAUUUCCAGUCUCUAUACCAAAUCUGGCACAUGCCUCAUUUCCAGUCUCUAUACCAAAUCGGUACAUGCCUCAUUUCCAGUCUCUAUACCAUAUCUGAUACAUGCCUCAUUUCCAGUCUCUAUAUCAAAUCUGGUACAUGCCUCAUUUCCAGUCUCUAUACCAAAUCUGGUACAUGUCUCAUUCCCAGUCUCUAUACCAAAUCUGGUACAUGUCUCAUUUUCAGUCUCUAUACCAAAUCUGGUACAUACCUCAUUUCAA